AUGGAUUCUGGCAUUUCAACACCACCUGUCAUUCCAGAGUACACCCCAAACCAAGACACAGUAGCGAAGCGAGCUCACUACAGUCCGCCAUGGGCAGAUGUCAGCAUCAUUGGUGUCGCCGGUAGCAGUGGCAGCGGCAAAACUACUCUAUCCCAUGCCAUUGUUCGGGAAUUGAAUUUGCCUUGGGUUGUCAUCAUGUCCAUGGACUCCUUCUAUAAGCCAUUGGAUGAAGAAGCCCAUGCGCGUGCUUUCAAAAACGAAUAUGACUUUGAUUCCCCCGAGGCUAUUGAUUUUGAUGAGCUCGUAAAUGUCUUGCGAGAUCUCAAGGCAGGGCGUCGAGCUGAAAUUCCUGUAUACUCUUUCGAGAAGCACCAGCGUCUUGACAAAACUGUCCCCAUUUACUCUCCCCACGUUCUCAUUCUUGAAGGCAUUUUCGCAUUGUAUGAUCCCCGGGUUCGAGAACUGCUAGAUAUGGGUGUAUACUGCGAGGCCGAUGCCGACACUUGCCUUUCAAGACGAAUUAUCCGUGACGUUAGAGAUCGUGGUCGUGAUGUCGAAGGUUGCAUCAAACAGUGGUUUGGAUUCGUCAAGCCCAACUUUGAGAAGUUUGUGCAACCACAAAGAAUUGUGGCAGACAUCAUUGUUCCUCGUGGUAUAGAAAAUCGUGUUGCAAUGAGCAUGGUUACUCAGUACAUCGAGAGAAAGCUGCUGGAGAAGUCGACACAUCACCGCGCGGCUCUCAAAAGUCUCGAGACUGGCUACGAUCGUGAGCCCUUGUCCGAGAGAGUUGUGGUGCUGAAGCAGACCACGCAAAUCCAAGGAAUGGCAACGAUCCUUCAAGAUAUUGAUACGUCUAGUGAAGAUUUCAUCUUCUACUUUGACAGAUUAUCUACCUUGCUGAUUGAACAAGCACUAAACAACUCGCAUUUCAAAGAGUUGACUGUAGAGACGCCUCAAGGUAACAAGUACCGCGGACUCACCGCUCAAGGCGAGGUCAGUGCAGUCAUUGUGCUCCGUGGCGGCGCAACCUUUGAGUCGGGUCUUCGGAGGGUCAUUCCAGAUUGCCGGACAGGACGUCUCCUGAUCCAGUCCAAUAUCCGCACCGGCGAGCCUGAGCUGCACUACCUCAAGCUGCCUUCGGAUAUAUCUCAGCAUGAUUGCGUUCUGCUUCUCGAUGCACAGAUGUCGAGCGGAGGGUCUGCGCUCAUGUCCGUCCAAGUGCUUGUAGACCACGGAGUAUCGCCGGAUCGAAUCGUCUUUGUGACAUAUUCUGCUGGCCGCGUGGGUAUCCAUCGGUUGACCAAGGUGUUCCCAGAAAUUACGGUUGUUGUGGGCAACUUACUCCCCGACAUUGAGGAGCGAUGGAUUGAAAAGAAGUACUUUCGUUGCUAG